AUGACAUCCCCCUCCCACCGACGCCUCCUAAAAGAAGCUGCCGAACUCGCCUCCCACCCCUCCCCGCACUUCACCGCCCACCCUGUCUCCGACUCCAACCUCUACGACUGGCACUUCACCCUCGCCGGCCCGCCCCCUCCCUCCCCAUACGCCGGCGGCAUUUACCACGGCCGCAUCGUGCUCCCACCCAGCUACCCACUGCGUCCACCCUCCUUCCGCUUCCUCACCCCCUCCGGCCGCUUCGAGGUCAACCGCGAAAUCUGCCUCAGUAUCUCGGGCCACCACGAGGAGACGUGGCAGCCUGCGUGGGGGAUACGGACGGCGCUGCUAGCGCUGAGGAGUUUCAUGGAUGCGGAUGCGAAGGGGCAGGUGGGAGGGUUGGAUGUUGAUGUUGCUGUGAGGCGGCGGUAUGCGGUUGAGAGCCGGGGGUGGGUGUGCGAGGUUUGUGAGGGAGGGAGGAGCAAUGAGGAGGUGUUGAGGGCGUGGCGGGAGGUGUGUCGUGCCAAGGGGGUGGAGGUUGAGGAGGAUGAGGUCCAGGGUGCUGGUGCUGGUGCUGGUGCUGGUGGUACCGCGGAGAGGACGCCUUCGGGGGAAGCUGAGCCAACUCCAGAACGAGACCCGGAGGAUACUACAGACGCAAAUGCAAAUGCAAAUGCGGAGACGGAGACGGGGACAGAGUCUUCUCAGAAGGAAUCAGAACCCCGACCAUCGAAGCAUGCUACGCCGCAGCAGCAGGUGCAAGUACCGGUGCCUUCUGUGCCAUCUGCACCUGCGCCAACACCUGCGCCAACACACACGACUCCAGUCCCGACUACCACUGCUACUACUUCUCAACCCACUACAACAGAUGCACCGUGGCUGGAUCGAGCUAUCCUAGGCGUUCUCGUCGCGUUGGCGUUCAUGAUCGUACGGCGGCUUGCCAAGUCGGAGGAGGUUUAG